AUUGCUGCCUUUACGACAUCACACGCUCGAUUAAAGCUCUACAGCGCCUUGGAUUUCCUGAAAGAACGAGUAUUGUACUACGAUACUGAUUCAGUCAUUUACCAAUGCAAAGAAGGCGAAGAGGAAGCUCCCUCUUGGCAGAUUUUUGGGUGAAUUCAUAGACGAAUUAGGAGGAGACCUGAUCGAGGAAUUUGUCAGUGGUGGGGCCAAGAAUUAUGGUUACCUGACCCGUGGCGGUAAAACUGAAUGCAAAGUGCGUGGAUUCUCCUUAAACUACGCAGCCAUGCAGAAGCUCAAUUAUCAGACGAUGAAAGAGAACAUCUUCAAAGAAUUGGAUGACCCGCAAGAAAAAGCGCGUGAUAUACCGAUUGAAAUUCCUGAUUUCUUUGACCGCCAACAAGCGACCAAGAAAAUCAAAUUAACGACGCGUGUUAAGAAAUAUCGUCUGGUCUUUGACAAGCGGGUGAUUGACCCAGCUACACGAGUCUCCACACCGUACGGUUAC